GACUUUGUUAGCCGCAGUCAACUGGACUUACAAAUCCACUCGGUCUCACUACCGACCGUUGUUCCUUUUGAACAACACUCAGAAAGGCAAUCCAACUGUUGUAUUGUGGCUGACAAGACAGCGGAAGCAAACGUACCCGCCUGCAAAGUCAGCUGCCGUAUUGUUCUUGGAGUGUGCUUGUCCGAGAACAGACCAAUAGCCCAACAUGUUCCGAAUCGUCUACCAACCGCAAGGCAACCGAACCAGUCGGGGUUCUCGACUGCGGUGGAUCAAUGGAGACGGACACGAUAUCGGGCAGUUGAUGUGGUUCUACUACCGAGUGAGUGCGAGCCAGGCGAAGAUCAUAUACGAACGGAUGUUUCUGUUGGCAGCUUUCAUCGCGAUAAAACGACAGAUGAGGGGAUCAAGACUUAUCAAAUCCGUAUUGUAACUGUACCGUUGCACAAAAUCACGUUGACGAUUACGGUGUAUCACCAAAGGACCGAUGAUGAACUGAUACCGAUCGAUCGUCUUCAAAAGACGUUUGAAAGAUUUCCUGUUGGAAAAACUUGGUCGACGAUUGACAUGGUUGCAACUGCUGUGGAAAGCAACCAAACAAAAGCGGAGCAGUCGGACGACAUAUCUGAGCAUUUGCCCAAAGAAUCCAUCAAUCGUAGACCCUCGUCAACCGGCACUGUACACAGUCUUCAAAUACGCUAUCGGUACAGCUGCCGCCGAAAUUACUAUGGGCCAUCUUGUAAUCACUUCUGCGCCCCGAGAGAUUCAGCGCUUGGUCACUAUAACUGUCAUCCACAAACCGGCGCAAUCAUAUGUCAUCCAGGUUGGACUGGAACAUGGUGCAACGUAGCCAUGUGCCCCGCUGGUUGCGUGCACGGAGUCUGCGAAGAGCCCAACAUAUGCACCUGCUCAGAUGGAUGGAGCGGUCCUACGUGUGAUGUCUGCAUUCCUACACCCGGUUGCAAGCACGGUCAGUGCAAAUUCAAUGUGGACCACGCUGAUUUCGAACCAUACACAUGUCAGUGUAGUGUGGACUGGACGGGAAUGCUCUGCACUAUAAAUACAAACGCCUGCUCACUCACUCCAGACAUAUGCCAGAAUGGUGGGACGUGUUUAAACACCCCGGAUGAGUCCGGAUCAAAACCACUUUAUGUGUGUAUGUGCCGAGAAGGCUAUCGUGGCACUCACUGCGAGCAGCAUAUACCUGGAUGUGCCUACCAUGGGUGCAGUGGAGCUGGAAGAUGUCAGCCCGACGGUCAGUGUGACUGUCACGAGGGGCACUACGGUUCUCAAUGCCAAUUCAACCAAACUGACUGCAACCAGAAUCCAUGUAUGGGAGAACUGUCUGAAUGUAUACCCACCGCGAGAUUCGUUCAAGACAAACACGACCUCAGAACCCCGAUGGGGCUUCAACCAUCAGGUCAACCGAGGGGUUUCAAGUGUCUCUGUGAACCAGGACGUUAUGGAGGCAACUGCGAACAGGAGCUGAACGCUUGUGAAAGAGAACAAUGCUUUAAUGGUGGGCGUUGCGUCAGUAUGCGUCACGGUUAUCAAUGCAUCUGUCCACCAAGGUUCACCGGAAAGCAUUGUCAAAUACCUGUGCAAUCAUGCCAAGAAAUAUCAUGUGCGAAUAAUGGCGAGUGUCUCGAAGGGGGAGUGCAUUUCAGUUGCCACUGUCCUUUCGGCUGGACUGGCCCAACUUGCCGACAGAACGUGAACGAGUGUGCCGAAAUACCACGACUCACGGGACAAGCACUGUGUGAACACGGAGCCGGUUGUAGAGAUUUGCCUGGGACUUACCAAUGUCUAUGCCCAGCAGGAUGGACCGGGAAGCAUUGUGAAAUCCCCCAAGAACCGGCGCAGUGUUUUUCCGGACAGAACUGUACCCGAACAACGCAACAUUUGCGCAACGUUACGCAGUCACAACAAUCGACCACUCACGUGGUAACCCUUUUCACAAUCGUCACCAUUACAGUUCCUAUCACAAUCGCUGCAUCUCUAUGUGGACUUGUGCUCCUGAUAUCAAAUUAUAGGUCACGUGUUAAAGGAAAUCGAUACGUGACCAUCAAUUGCGAUAAUCACGGCUUCAAACCAAACAAUUCCUACGGCCCUUCGGAACAGGAUACGCAUUAUAGGAAUGUGUUCCCAGCCAAUCAGUCGCACGGCUCAUCAACGGAUGUGUCAGACAUGGUUACUUGUAAAAAGAAUAGUAGUAUAGUAAGCAUUAUAUCGGACAGAACAAGCGACAUGACUGACCCGCUUGACCAUUUACCCCAUUCUAAACAAAAAUCAAUAAUCACACAAAAGCAAUUGAAGUUCAGCCCGGAAGUCUUGACAUUACAAACGGCCCAAUUACAUUUCGAUUCACAACCCACUUACGCUGUUUGCGAAAAUCUUAUAUCGGAUGAACAUUUUAUGACAAAACUGUACGCUAGAUCAUCUCCCCCGCCACCGUACGAACCCGCAGCAAUAAUUUUGUCUUCCAAACGUGGCCAACGCUCACGUGAGGAAUCACCAUGUGAACAUGAAUUAUUCAACGUUGUCACGCUAUCUCCGAAAAAGCCUCAAUUCCCGAAGCCAGCUGAACGCCAGUCAGCUGACUGCUACAACACGAGGGUCGGUGUAACACCCCUUCAGUGCCCAGUUGCCAUUCCGUCUGAAGGGAGCACGAGGACUGAGAUACUGCCAGGUUGCCUAAACCUAGACAAGAGCAAUCGAAAUUCCGCGGCUGGGUUUGAACCACAAACCUUCCGGUCGGUGAGUUCACGCCUUAACCACUGA